AUGCUAGCAGCUAAUUUUAAAAGCCAACUUUUUAGACAGAAUCGUAAUCGUGGAAAUUUGUUUGGUGGAUUUUCAAAAGUAACCGUGAUGAAUAACUGUAGACUUGCUCAAGAUACAUUUGUAUUACGACAGUUGUUUGAUCAAGAAUCUUGGACAUACACUUAUCUGUUGGCUGAUUAUGUAGCAAAGGAAGCUAUAAUUAUUGAUCCAGUUAUCGAACAGGUGAACCGCGAUCAUUCAAUACUUAAGCGACUUGGUUUGAAUCUUUUGUACUGUGCCAAUACUCAUGUUCAUGCUGAUCAUGUGACUGGAACUGGUGAACUUAAAAAGUUAAUACCAUCAUGUGAAAGUAUUAUUUCUCUAUGUAGUGGUGCUCAAGCAGAUAUAUAUGUGAAAUCAGGAGAUGAAAUACAAUUUGGAAGAUACUCCGUUGAAGUUCGACAAACUCCAGGGCAUACUAAUGGUUGUAUUACAUUUGUUUGUCACGAUGAAGCAAUAGCCUUCACUGGAGAUUGCUUAUUGAUUGGUGGUUGUGGACGCACUGAUUUUCAAGAAGGAGAUCCUGAAACGUUAUAUUCUUCUAUUCAUGAACAAAUAUUUUCGUUACCCGAUUAUUAUAAAGUAUAUCCGGCACAUGAUUAUACCGGACAAACCGUUUCAACAAUUGGAGAAGAAAAGACUUAUAAUCCACGCCUCUCAAAGUCUUUGGAUGAAUUUAUUGAAUUGAUGAACAAUUUAAAUUUAGCGUAUCCUAAAAAAAUUGAUGUUGCUUUACCAAUCAAUUUGAAAUGUGGUAUUCAAGACGAAUUAAAGAACAAUGAUUGA